UCCCCACCCCAAUCCAGUGGCCCUCAACGACGCGAGCGCCGGCCGCAAUCUCCCGCCGCCGCCGCAGGCGAGGCGGGACAGGGCCGGCCGAGGUGGCACCACGGCAGAUGCAGUGCGAGGAACAGCGUCUUGAGCCCCGGCCGGCCGGACAUCGGCGUCUCCAAGACCAAGGGCCACAUCCUCGGCAUGUUCCCCUACCCCAGGUAUACUGUACCUGCAUCUGUCAUUCUCUCUCUCCACACCAAAUUUGUGCUCGAAUUCGUUCGAGUUGAUUGCGACUCUGCGGUUCUCGGGUACGUGAUACUGCAAUUUGUGGUCGUCCUGUUACUGUUAGGAUGCUGGGAGAUGGUGCACACAAUUCAGUAUACUUCAGUAUUCAAUCCGGUAUUAUCAUGUGGAGAGGAAUGUUUGGAACAUUUCAUUUCUUUUGAAUCUAUCAGCUGGUUCGUGUGGAGGAAGUUCGAUGAUGGGGAUAGCUGGAUACUGACUUUAAAAUGUUGUGGAUCAAUAAUUGAUUUUCCUGCAGCACGACAAAGAUGGACGGACAAGUCUUCGGCUUGCCCUGCUUCUUGUCCUUGAUGACUGAAUUGGCACUUUGGAGGGUCAACUACGUUGCACAAUAAUAGGGCACUUCCUGAACCGUACUGGAAUCCAGAAAAUUGGUUUCAAGAAACUGUAAAAUACACCGUCUACAACUACAAAUAUUUAUUAUUUGUUACUUGACGGUGGCAAAUAAAUGAUGGUAAGUGAGUAGCCAACAUGUCCCCUUUUGUACUGUUCAGUUCACUGAGUACUUCCAUGAUUGGGUGGAUUUGGGGGUACAGAAGCUGUAGGUUGUAUAACAAGCAGGAAUUGUAUUUGCACUUUGAUAGACUCAGUGGUAUAUGCACACGUUUUCUUUACCCACAUAAACCUCUCACAUAUUCCUUUUGUGCCCAGGCUAUUUUUCAAUCAUGGGGGGGCGUGAUCUAGAAGCAAGCUAACCAAGACGGCACUGAAGUCAAAGUCAAGUACAAGUGUCAGCUCCCCUACCCUUACUUCCACAUAUAUCUAAGCACGCACACACAAAUAUUUUAAUAAACACACUCCAUUAGGACAAGAAGAGAGACAUGGCUCCUCAAGUUUUUCGCACCCAAUCUCUGGUUCCUCCGUUGCACCAUGAACUCUUUCUUCUCUACACCAUCCUCAUAUUUCUGUCCUCCAACACAAUAGUAUUCACAUCAGCACAAGCUAGCAACAGAUCUGAGAGUGACCGGCAAGCCCUUCUCUGCUUCAAAUCUGGCAUCUCCAAGGGAUCUGCCCGUGUUCUUGGAUCAUGGCGCAAUGACUCGCUCAACUUCUGCGGCUGGCGAGGGGUCACCUGCAGCACCACCCUCCCAAUCCGCGUCGUGUCCCUCCAACUCAGGUCUACGCUGCUCACAGGAACACUAUCCAGUUGCAUGGCAGCCCUUAAUUCUCUAGUUCAGUUGGACCUUUGGAACAAUAAGUUAUCUGGAAGCGUACCUGAAGAGAUAGGUGAGCUUCGGAGCCUCCAAACCCUGAUGCUUGCUGGCAACAGGCUUUCAGGUAACAUCCCUCUGUCAUUAGGUACAGCUGCAUCUCUUAGAUCUGUCAACCUUGCAAACAAUUCUCUUAGCGGAGCUAUUCCUGAUUCCUUAGCAAAUAGUUCGUCACUUAGUGAGAUAAUCCUCUCACGUAAUAACUUAUCUGGGGGGAUCCCAGCCAAUUUGUUCAACUCAUCCAAACUUGCUGCUGUUGACCUCCGGUCGAAUGCUCUCUCUGGGGCUAUCCCACAUUUCCAAAAGACGUCAGCUCUGCAGUUUCUCGAUCUUACAGGGAAUUCACUUUCUGGCACCAUACCAGCAUCUUUAGGAAAUGCCUCAUCCUUGCGUUCACUCCUGCUAGCACAGAACAAGUUAGCAGGAUCAAUUCCGGAAACUAUCGGUCAAAUUCCAAAUCUAAAAAGGGUAGAUCUAAGUAAUAACAUGUUCUCGGGGUAUGUCCCAGCUACCUUGUACAAUGUGUCAUCACUCACAUUCUUUAGCCUAGGCAGCAACAAAUUUACUGGACAGCUACCUUAUGACAUUGGCCACUCACUUCCAAACCUCGAAACAUUAGCAAUGGGACUCAACAAAUUUCGUGGAUCAGUCCCGGAUUCCCUGACCAACAUGUCAAAGCUCCAAGUGCUUGAUAUUUCAAGCAACUUGCUUACUGGCGUAGUGCCAUCUCUAGGAUCCUUGGCAAACUUGAGUCAACUGCUUCUAGGAGAUAAUAAACUCGAAGCUGAUGACUGGGCCUUCCUUACCUCUCUGACCAAUUGCACUCAGUUGUUAAUAUUAUCAAUGGAUGGAAAUAUCCUGAAUGGAAGUUUGCCAAAAGCAGUAGGCAAACUUUCAACAAAGCUUCAGCGGUUAAGCUUUGGAAGAAACCAAAUUUCUGGAAACAUACCAGCUGAGAUAGGGAAGCUUGUAAGUCUCGCUCUGCUUGACAUGGGCCGGAACAUGCUCUCAGGACCAAUUCCCCUGACAGUUUGGAACUUGAGCAAUUUGGUUGUCCUAAAACUUUCCAUGAAUAGGUUGUCAGGUCAGAUUCCAUCAACAGUGGGUAAUCUUGUUCAACUCAGCCAGCUUCAUCUUGAUGAUAAUGAAUUGUCUGGAAACAUACCAGAAAAUAUAGGACAAUGCAAAAGGCUGCUUAUGCUAAACAUGUCAGUUAACCACCUUAAUGGAUCCAUACCAAGAGAACUCUUCAGUAUUUCCUCCCUUUCAUUGGGCUUGGACUUGUCAAACAACAACCUGACUGGGCCAAUACCAUGGGAAGUUAGUAACCUGAUCAAUCUUGGUCUCCUUGAUGUUUCCAACAACAGAUUAUCUGGUAGCCUUCCUUCUGAACUUGGCCUGUGUGUUCAACUGCUAUCCCUUCAGAUCAGAAGCAACAUGCUUAACGGGAGUAUUCCCGAGUCUUUCAGCAAACUGAAGGUCAUACAGCAGAUAGAUCUGUCCGAGAACAAUUUAACUGGUCAAGUUCCACAGUAUUUUGUGAACUUCAGCAGCUUAAAUUAUAUUAAUAUAUCAUACAAUAAAUUUGAAGGGCCAAUCCCGACUGGUGGCAUAUUUCGAAAUUCAGCUGCAGUAUUCCUGCAAGGCAACACAGGCUUAUGUGAAACAGCUGCUGCCAUAUUUGGAUUGCCCAUUUGCCCAACCUCCUCAGCAACAAGAAGGAAGAUCAACGCACGCCUGCUGCUGAUAAUAGCUCCACCAAUUACUAUUGCCGUGAUCUCAUUAUUAUGUGUUGUUGUCACUAUUACGAAGGGAACUAAAGCUCAACCAUCUGAAAGCUUCAAGGAGACAAUGAGGAGGGUGUCAUAUGGAGACAUCCUUAAAGCCACCAAUUGGUUUUCUCUGGUCAACCGGAUCAGUUCAAGUCAUACAGCAUCCGUCUACAUUGGCCGGUUUGAGUUCGAGACAGACCUAGUGGCCAUCAAGGUAUUCCAUCUCAGUGAGCAAGGUUCAAGAAAUAGCUUUUUCACUGAGUGCGAAGUGCUAAAACACACUCGCCACCGCAAUUUGGUUCAAGCUAUCACUCUGUGCUCAACGGUAGAUUUUGAGGGUGAAGAAUUAAAGGCCAUAGUAUAUGAGUUCAUGGCAAACGGUAGCCUGGACAUGUGGAUACACCCAAGGGUGGGUAGCUCAAGGAGGCUGCUGAGCUUGGGCCAGCGGAUAAGUAUUGCUGCUGAUGUGGCUUCUGCUCUGGACUAUAUGCACAACCAGCUGACACCUCCUUUGAUCCACUGCGAUUUGAAGCCUGGCAAUGUUCUGCUGGACUACGACAUGACCUCACGCAUCGGUGACUUCGGGUCCACCAAGUUUCUCUCUUCAAGUAGUGGCGGACCAGAAGGCUUGAUUGGCGUCGGAGGAACGAUUGGAUAUAUUGCACCUGAAUACGGGAUGGGAUGCAAAAUCUCAACAGCUGGUGAUGUGUAUGGUUUCGGGGUGCUGCUACUGGAGAUGCUCACGGCGAGGCGACCGACGGACGCGCUAUGUGGUAACGCUCUCAGCCUUCACAAGUAUGUUGACCUAGCUUUCCCCGACAGAAUUGCUGAGGUUCUAGAUCCCCAUAUGCCAUCUGAGGAGGACGAGGCGGCUGCAUCUCUACGUGUUCAGAAGUACAUUAUACCUCUGGUCAGCAUUGGCCUGAUGUGUACCAUGGAAUCGCCGAAAGAUAGACCAGGAAUGCAUGAUGUCUGUGCUAAAAUUGUUGCCAUAAAAGAGGCAUUUGUUGAGACCUUGUGAUCAUGGCAACUAAUGGGUUGGGCAGUAGCUGUUAAAGAUUAUGUAUACAUAAUUACAUAUUCAGAAGUACAGUACAGUUACUACACUACUGUGAUGCUUAUAUACAAAAUUACAGUAGCUGUACCACUUAUAGAACAAUCCCAUCAUUUUUUUUUUGUA